AUCAGUUCUCUCUCAAUUAUCCCAUUGCCUCUUGCUCCAUUACUAUAACAGUCUCAACAUCAGGGAGCCUAAUAACCAACCUGCUAUUAGGACGACCACUGUUGGACUCGGUAGCCGAUGAAAAAAUUAUACUAGCAUGCAUAUUGAUAUAGUAUUUUAUUAAUUUUUCUCCAGGUGACACUGUUUUUAAACUGUACAGUCAGUCUGCUGUAAUAAAAUAUAUUUUUCUAACUCUUGAAGAGAUAAGGAGAUCUAGUAACGUGAUGACUGGAGUUCUAUUAGCAGUAGUCUAGGUGAUAAGUGGAAACAAGUGCUUUACAACUAUGCUGGGCUCAAGAUAAUUUAGAUAUAGAAUACCUUUGUAGCAAUUUUCUCAAUCAAUAACCGUAUUGGUACAUGUACAUACAUGUAUAAUUAACAUAUUCACACAUUUGCACAAGUUUGAUUUAGACAGAGAUGGUAGUCUAGAUGCUGACGAAUUUGCUAUUGCACUAAAGUUGACGUCAUUAGCUCAGAAAGGUGAAGUCCUUCCACUGGUUCUUCCCCAGUCCCUCAUUCCCUCUACUAAAGCUGCUCGUCUUGGUCUGGCUCCUCCAGCUGCUGUCACUGGCUCUCUCUCCACCAGAGCACAGUCACCAGUAAUGGGACGGACUGGCAAUGACUGGGUGGGUGACUCCUGAUAUCAAAGCUAAGUAUGAUACAUAUUUUGCCGGUAUUGAUAAAGACCAUGAUGGGAUCGUCAAUGGAGAGGAGGCUAAGAGUUUAUUUAUGUCGUCAAACUUACCUCCUAACAUACUAGCACACAUCUGGAGAUUGUGUGAUAUGGACAAUACUGGUCGCCUCAAUAAGGAGCAGUUUGCUCUUGCUAUGUACCUGAUAGCAGAGAAGGUCAAAGGACGUGAGGUCCCGACUGAACUGGCACCAAACAUGAUACCACCAUCAAAGAGAAAGGGGGCGGGGUCUGGUGGGGGCGUGGCAGGAGGUGUGGUCUCGUCACAGUCCGGACUAUCAAGUACAUCAAGUGCUAGUCAUUUAGUUACCGGUGGGGCUGGCCUGUUACAACCCACAUCAUCAAAUUCUUUAAAACAAUCAUCGCCAUCUUCAGCUCCGCCUUCUUUGUUUCCGAGCGGAGGGGGAGGGGCACCUCCAAUAUCCUCAGUCCCCUCGUCGCUAGGGGGCGGGGCUAUUCUCCAGCCCUCGACAACCACUCAGUCUGGUUUCGGUGGGAGUGGCUCGUUGCUUCAACCGGUAUCAAUAUCCAGUCAGUCUGGUUUUGGCGGGUCUGUCCUCCAGCCCUCAACUGGUAUGACGGGUUCUCCGUCUCUCAGGGCUGGAGCCUCCUCUGAUUUGUCUGGAGGUUUCUCGGCCGAUUUCUCAGCUAUUAGGGACCUUGAUACGAUAUCUGGUGAAAUAGAGGGGGUCAAAAAAGAAAAGGAGCAGCUCCAGCAGGAUAUCAUGAUGAAGAAAGAGCAACUGGCCAAAGGAAAGGAGGAGACCGUCACAAUGCAGGGAGAGUAUGAGGAAACAACCAAACUGAACCAACAACUGGAGCAGCAGAAGAAAGAACUUCAAAGCAACGUUGAAGAAAUAACACUCCAGGUUGGUAGAGAGGGAGGGAGAGGAGGUGUCAAUUUGAUAACUUUGAUACC